AUGCAAGAUGAUCUUGCAGCACUCUUCUCCAAACAAAUGAGUAUGGACAGCAUGGAGUACCGGGAAGCUCCCUCGCAUAGCCCACCCAGUUCCCAGGCUUCCCCCAUCACAUACAGCAUCACUCAGCACUACCACCACUCUUCGCAUGUAGCACGCCAUGUCACUACAGAAGAUUCAACACCAAAGGAGACUUUGGUCGGUGGUACUUCGGCCUCUGUGAUAGGCGAAGCACUGAGAAGCCAUGACAUUGACCCGGCGUCACUUUCCCCGGGCCAGUUUGAUUUGUUUGCAAAUGCGGCCCCUGAACAAAGAUCGCGCUUAAUUCAGAUGUGGCAGAUUUGCCCAGAAACUAGCAAGACAGACAGUUUCGGGGCCAUGGAUCGCAUUAUUAACGAGAGCUCGUACCAGUGGGACGGACUCUCUAGGGACAUGGAGAUGGACGACCUGUCCCAGGACAAGCGCAAUGGUGAUGAUCAUGAUGGACAGCAAUAUGCCGAACCAUAUAUGGCAUCUGGUUACGAACUACUUGCCCAACGCGACUAUGAGAUAUCGUCUGGGAAGGCUGUAGCGGUGGCUGGAUUUAAUAACGACAGUUCUUCUUUGCCAAACGAACCUUCAACUGGGUCGCCAUACAAAGUUGCGAAUGAUCCCAUCUAUCAAAGUAAGCGAUGGUGGGAGCAUGCAGCCUCGGAGCCUAUAGAGCACCAGUACGGUUCCUUCGAGCAAAUGAAUCGGUAUCCCGGACGUGGUUUAGUGCAGUCUCAUUGGCUGUAG